ACAGACACGCUGGAGUUUAACAAACAGCGGUACUCUUCGCGCUCCUGAAAAGCAGGGCUGGACGCUCUCCGUGGUGCUGAAACGCUUUGCGGCCGCCGCUGUCCGUGGUACCUACAGCCUCCGCGCUUCAGUUUCCCCUGGGGUCCUCCCUCCGCACCCCUAUUCCCCGCGACUCCUUAACAUCUGGAUUAUCUUUCCAAUCGCGAUCGCUGGUUUUGUAAGUGCCAAUCUGAAACAUUGUUGCCCCCAUAACUCGUGGACAACAAAGCACAAGGACCUGAAAAAUGUACAGCUUCAAUACUCUUCGACUCUACCUUUGGGAGACCAUUGUAUUCUUCAGUCUCGCCGCUUCCAAGGAAGCCGAAGCUGCCCGCUCUGCUCCCAAGUCUAUGUCACCCUCGGACUUCCUGGAUAAGCUCAUGGGAAGAACUUCCGGAUACGAUGCCAGAAUCAGGCCCAACUUUAAAGGUCCCCCGGUGAACGUGAGCUGCAACAUUUUCAUCAACAGCUUUGGUUCCAUUGCUGAGACAACCAUGGACUAUAGAGUCAACAUCUUCCUGCGGCAGCAGUGGAACGACCCCCGUCUGGCCUAUAACGAAUACCCUGACGAUUCUCUGGACCUGGACCCAUCCAUGCUGGACUCCAUCUGGAAACCUGACCUGUUCUUUGCCAAUGAGAAGGGAGCCCACUUCCACGAGAUCACCACAGACAACAAGCUGCUGCGGAUCUCCCGAAAUGGGAAUGUCCUCUACAGCAUCAGGAUCACCCUGACACUGGCCUGCCCCAUGGACCUGAAGAACUUCCCCAUGGAUGUGCAGACGUGCAUCAUGCAACUGGAAAGCUUUGGAUACACCAUGAAUGAUCUCAUCUUUGAGUGGCAGGAGCAGGGAGCUGUGCAGGUGGCAGAUGGACUCACCCUGCCUCAGUUUAUCCUGAAGGAGGAAAAGGACCUGCGAUACUGCACCAAGCAUUACAACACAGGCAAAUUCACCUGCAUCGAGGCCCGGUUCCACCUGGAGCGGCAGAUGGGCUACUACCUGAUCCAGAUGUACAUCCCCAGCCUGCUCAUCGUCAUCCUGUCCUGGAUUUCCUUCUGGAUCAACAUGGACGCGGCGCCGGCCCGCGUGGGCCUGGGUAUCACCACCGUGCUCACUAUGACCACCCAGAGCUCGGGGUCCCGCGCGUCCCUGCCCAAGGUGUCCUAUGUGAAGGCCAUUGACAUUUGGAUGGCUGUUUGCCUGCUGUUCGUGUUCUCAGCCCUGCUCGAAUACGCUGCUGUCAACUUCGUGUCGCGGCAACACAAGGAGCUGCUCCGAUUCAGGAGGAAGCGGCGACAUCACAAGAGUCCCACAUUGAAUCUGUUCCAGGAGGACGAGGCGGGGGAAGGCCGCUUCAACUUCUCGGCCUACGGCAUGGGCCCUGCCUGCCUGCAGGCCAAGGACGGCCUCUCGGUCAAGGGCGCCAACAACAACAACACAGCCAACCCCGCGCCCGCGCCCUCCAAGUCCCCGGAGGAGAUGCGCAAACUCUUUAUCCAGCGAGCCAAGAAGAUCGACAAGAUCUCGCGCAUCGGCUUUCCCAUGGCCUUCCUCAUCUUCAACAUGUUCUACUGGAUCAUCUACAAGAUCGUCCGCAGGGAAGACGUGCACAACCAGUGAAAGG